CACGCCAAGCGGUCGAUCGCACGUCACACGCACUCGACACGAUGAGCGACCCCGCCCCCGCCGAGACCCCGGCCGUCGAGGAGAAGAAGGAGGAAGAGACCGCCGCGCCCGCGGCGCCCGCCGCGCCCAUCUUCGGCGCCGCGACCUUCGGCGGCGGCUUCGGCGGCGCCGCGGCGACCUUCGACCCCACCGCGUUCGCGUCCGCGCCGAAAAAGACGACCGAAGAAGGCGGCGACGACGCGGACGACGCGACCGACGUCGAGGCGGAGUGCAAGGCUGAGUUCGCGCCCGUCGUCAAGCUCGAGGCCGUGGAGACCGCGUCCGGGGAGGAGAACGAGGACGUCCUGUUCGAGGCCAAGUCGAAGGCGUACCGGUUCAUCGAGGGCGAGUGGAAGGAGCGAGGCGUCGGCCCGCUCAAGCUUCUGCAGGACAAGGACACCAAGAAGAUCAGAUUCCUCAUGCGUCGCGACAAGACGUUGAAGGUGUGCGGAAACUUCUUCGUCCAGCCCGGGACGAAGAUCGAGGAGCACGCGGGCAGCGAGAAAGCGCGCGUGUUCUGCGCGAUGGACUGCUCCGACGGCGACGUGCGACCGGAGAUGCAGAACAUGUGCUGCAAGUUUGGCAGCGCGGAGAAGGCGGAGCUCUUUCAAACGGAGUUCGAGAAAGCCAUGGAAGUCAUGAAGCAGUUCGAGGGCGAGGAAUCGGCGGAGAAGAAGGAGGGUGACGCGGCCGCGGACGCGCUCGCGGACGACGUCGCGAAGGCGGCGGUCGCGGAGGAGAAGAAGGAGGAGGAGGCGUGA